AUAAUCGCACCAGAUAUGGAAAUAAUGCAAUAAAAGUAUCAAGUAAGCGAGUUUUUACACAAAAUAGUGGAAAUGGGGCCUAAGAGCUGGACGCGUCGGGGUCUCAGGUGUUUUCAAACAGACGCUCCAAAAGGGCGUGGACACGGGUGAGACAAUGGCGCUGUGUCGGGGCGGAGGAACGUCCUGCUUCCUUCUCCUUCUGCUGUGCCUUCUUCCCGUCUUCGCACAGGAUCUCGGGAGGCCUGAUGAUGACCCCAGAAGCAUACAGUAUGGCUCAGAUAACAGGUGGAGGAACGUGUUGCAACUUAAUAAUCCGCGAAUGAGGAAUCGGUACAACCACCCAACACACAUGAUCUUGGCUCCCCGCACGCUGCGUCCAGGAGCUGUAUACCGCUGUGUUGUGUCUAUCCUCUACUUAGAUCAUCCCGUCGAUGUACGUGCAUCCCUGCAGAAGGAUGGCGUGGAAAUCGCAUCGGCCAAACAGGAUAUCAUCAAGGGAUAUCCAGAAACUUUACUCUUACAGGUUCCCAGAACAAGUGUCGAUGGGCAUUACCGUCUCCGAGUGGAAGGUAACAUACCUGGGUCAAUAGGUGGCACCGUCUUCUUCAAUGAUACAAGUCUACAUUUCUCGACACGCUUCCUGACCAUCCUAGUCCAGACGAACAGGCCUGUGUACACAGGAGACCAAGUUGUUCGCUUCAGAAUCAUCUUGCUCAAUACGGAACUCAAGCCCUAUGAUGAUCCUGUGGAUGUUUAUAUUCUGGACCCGGAUAACUAUGUGAUGCGCCGCUGGCCUUCCAGACCAACCAAUGUAGGUGUUGUGUCUAUGGAGUUCACUCUGCCGUUCCUUCCCAAAGUGGGCUAUUGGGGCAUCAAAGUGCUUGUUAAUGGGCAGGAGGAAAUCAAGAGGAUUAAAGUUGAGAAGUGGUAUACCCCACGCUUUGAGGUAAAGAUCUUCAUGCCAAAGUAUUUCCUAGACACAGAUGAAGCCAUUGAAGGUGUCCUAGGUGGCGAGUUUGGCAACGACAAGGGAGCUUAUGGAAAUGCAACUCUCAAGCUCUUUGUGAAGAAUAAGCUGUAUCCUAAUUGGACUUAUGUCACAGAGCAGAUUUUCGAGCCAUUUGAGGGUGAGGUGGACUUUAGCUUCCCAAUGGAGGAGCUUUCUAAGCGCAUUAGUGACCUGGAUGGUUCUGAAAUCCGACUGGAGGCAGAGGUGCAGGAGACCUUUAUGAUGCUCAAUGAAACCGGAUUCUCCAUGGCUAAGAUUAUCAACUCCUCGAUCAAUUGCCGUUUCGUGGGCUCUCCACCAUACGUCCUCAAGCCAGGAAUGCCCUUCGAAGCAACAGUUGCAGUGUCAUAUCAUGACCUUGAGCCCCUUGGAGAGGAAAAACUGCAUGGCUCAAAGCUUAUUGUGAAGGCAGAGGCUGUUUUGGAAACAGGAUCUCGGGAAAUAGUUUACGAUAUUGAGAUCCCCCAAGUGAACUCUGAGGACGAGGAGCGCGAGUUCCUAGACCAGUCGUGGCAGUACAACCGUAAAGCCCAGGACUACCAGGCUGAGGGCUACAAGCUCGAUGACUAUGACUAUAACUUCAACUUUGACUAUGACACUGGAAGUCGCUUCCUUACCGAGAACGAGCUGGCGAAGAAGAAGAUGGAGAUGUUUGUCCGAAAUCAGAAGUUCCAGAAAUACCGCGAAAAGGGAGUAUACCAUUUUGUGGUAGAUGUGCCAGAGAAGACAGCUUCCCUCAGUCUCACAGCCUCGUACCAGGAUGAUUCUGGCAGCAUUGCAGCAGCAAGUGCCACGGCCAUCGCGUACUAUUCACCCAGGAAACUGUACAUUGGAGUGGAGACAAGCAGCAAAGAUGCAAGUGUUGGCGAGUUUGUGGUGUUCCACGUGAGGUCCAACUUCAACAUGGAGUCAUUCCAUUAUCUGAUCAUGGCAAAGGAGAUGAUCUUGUAUGCGGCCAAGGAAGUGCUAGAGCGCACAAGUCGAGCCAGCGUCAAGACAGUCUCGGUGCCUGUCAGCUCAGAGAUGGCCCCUGCAUUUAAGAUUAUUGUGUACACUACUACACCCAACCACGACAUUAUCUCCGACUCCCUUACAAUGCCUGUUGAUGGAAUAUCCCGGCAUAAGGUGAAGCUGGUCAUCAAUCAAGACAAAGACCACAGCAAACGCACUGUUGAGCUUGGCACCUACAGCACAGCGGGGGCAUUUUAUGGUAUUUCAGGUGUGCGAGAAUUUACCUAUGCCAUGCGAGGAGGGAAUGAGCUCUCCCAUGCCUCUGUGAUGAAUUCCCUUCAUGCCUUUGCCAAUAAUACGAGGUCAAUCCACAAAAUGGCUUGGCGUCACCGUGAGGGCUUUGAGCCGGAGGAAGUGGAGUAUUAUUCUGCAGGAAAUUAUGGUCCAGAUGCCAACAGGACUUUCGACUUCAAUGGAAUCAUCAUUUUCUCGGAUGCCAAUGUUGGGGUUAUUCCUGGCUAUGCUGAGAACCGCUGCAAUGGUACGGAGGGAUAUUCACCCUGCCUAGUUGGGGGGUGCUAUCCAUCCUACAAGCGCUGCGACGGCAUCCAGGACUGCUCGGAUGGAUUUGAUGAAAUCUCGUGCGUCGAUCCUCUAGAGGACAAAGAGGAGGACUUCCGCAUUCACCGAUACCAAAAGUUCUCCGAUUUCUUUGAUGCUGAAGAUGGGGACUGGCUUUGGCUUGACAUUAAUAUUGGUCACAAAGGUCACGAGCAGAACCUGGUAGAGAUGCCCAAGGUGGACGACCCUUACGUGCUCAAUGCCUUCAGUGUCAGCAAGGAGUUUGGCUUUGGCUUGGUUCCUGCACCCCAGUGGUACUCAAUCAUUCCGCCCGUCUAUGUCAGCUUGGAGAUGCCCGACUCCUGCCGCCGAGGAGAGCAGGUGGGCAUGAGAGUGAUGGUGUUCAAUAACAUAGAGCAGGAGUUGCUCAUCCUGCUGGUUCUUCACGGUUCCGAUGACCACCGGUUCAUCAUGGUGGAAGAGACCGGCGUUGUUGACUUCUACCGCCCGCGCACCAUGGCAGGCGACCACCAGCACCUCGUCUCGGUGGCCCCCGAGUCGGCGAUGGAGGUGAUCUUCCCCAUCGUGGCGACCGUUGACCAGGGCGAGAUUGAGCUCACGGUGUCGGCCAUCUCCCAGAUCGGCCGAGAUGAGGAGACUGCCACGCUCACUGUCGAGCCCGAAGGCGCCACCAUCGACCGCCACACAUCGAUCCUGCUCGACCUGAAGAACCGGGCGUUGGUCUACGAGUACAUGGACAUCAUCGUGGAGGAGUCGUACGUGAUUCCCCUCCAGAUCCGACGUCGCUUCGUGGCCGGCUCGCCCAGGGGUCACGUGUCGCUCUGUGGAGACGUCGUCGGCCCGUCCUUCCCCGAUGACGAGCCCGUGGACUCUUUGAAGAUGUUGCGCAAGGAGCUCCGCGGAACCGAGGCCUCGACCUUCAACUUCGGCGCCAACCUGUGGACGCUGCACUACCUCCGUUUGACUAACCAGCUCGACAUCUCUGAGAGGCAGGACAUCUUCGACCAACUCAACGUCGAGCUGGCGGCCAUCAUGUACCGCUUCAGCAGCGAGGGCGCCUUCAAGAUGUGGGACACGUCACAGCCCAGUGUUUGGCUGACGGCGUGGACGACCCGCACAAUCCAGAUGGCGCAGUUCCAGGACUGGGAGAACAUCAUCUACAUCGAGCCGCGGAUCAUCUCGAAGGCGGUCGAGUGGCUCAUCCAGUACCAGACUCCUUCCGGCGCCUUCAUGGAGACCCCGACGUACCAGGAGGUUCCUCUCGAUAAGAAGGCCGAUGCUUAUUCGUACGGGUUCCGAUGGCGCGGCGCGAGGAACAUCACCCUGACGGCGCAGUGCCUCAUCACCCUGGAGCGCACCAUCAACUCGCUUCAGGGCAGCGUCCGCUCCGAUGCCAAUAAUGCAAGGAUUCAGGCAGUCAGGUACCUGGAGCGCGAGCUGAGGAACAUCCGCGACCCGUACGAGGUGGCCAUCGUGGCCUACGCGCUCUCGGUGUCCAACUCCGUGGAGAAGGAGGCCGCCUUCAACCAGCUCGAUCGCAUCAAGAGGGAGGAGAACGGCCUGGUCUACUGGUCCCGGUCGCCCGUGCAGACCAACAAGCGCGUGUACGAGAACAACCAGAGGAACCUCCUGCAGCCCAAGUUCGAGGAGGAGUGGGACUCGCACGCGGUCGAGGCCUCGUCCUACGCCCUGCUCGUCUACCUCAUUCGGGACGGCGUCAACAUCAUCCAGGAGAGGAUCGUCGAGUGGCUCAAUGCCAUGAGGAUGCACGACGGAGGCUUCAUCUCCACGGUGGACACCCUCGUCGCCCUGGAGGCCCUGACGGAGUACUCGUACCGCGCCCGUCUACGUGACCUGACGGACAUGCGGGUGACGGUGGAGGCGACGGGCGAGGAGGGCCGAGUGCCGCACAACGUGGUCAUCUCCAACACCAGCGUGUCCCAGAUGCACAUCAUUCCCAUCAAAAACGUGUGGGGUUUGGUAAACGUCGUGGCGCACGGAGCAGGCCAGGCUAUCCUGCAGCUGGACGUGAGCUACGGCAUCGACUGGACGGAUCUCAAGAAGCAGCCUCCGGUCGACGCUUUCAAGAUGGUCAUUAACGAGCGAUACUCCAAGUUCCGUAACAAGUCUAUUUGCAAUGUGGAAAUUUGCGCCAGAUGGACCAACCUAGACGAGUCGCCGCAGAGCUCGGCAACGGUGAUCGAGGUCGAGAUCCCGACGGGCUACGUGGCCUUCCAGCUCGACCUCGAGAGGAGCAUCCAACAGGCGCAGUUCAGUGGGAACUUCCCCUCGCUAAGGGACGUCAUCGGGGGUCAUGGAGACACGUUUGCCAAGAAGACAGUGUGGUUCUUCGAUUACAUACCGGGUAAUACGACGUGGUGCUUCCAAUAUGUGAUGAAGAGGUGGUAUCCUGUUGCCAACUUGACGAGGGUCCGCAUGGCCACGAUCUAUGAGCAGUAUCAACCAGAGCGCUUCCAGAUGGUGAUGUUGAAUUCGACCGUGAACACUCUGGACGUGUGCGAGGUGUGUGGCUCGUAUCAGUGUCCUUACUGUCCCAUCUACAGUUCGGCGCCGUCGCUCAAUCUUCCCAACAUCGGGUUCUUGAUCUCAGUGGCCCUUUUGACUUACGUGUAUCAAGUGUUCUCGGAAAGCCGUUCGUUCACGGGCUCGAAAUGGCCAGGAGGUAGUGGCCGUGGCAGUGUUUGGUGAGAGAAAGUGUGUAGAUUUUGAAUUAUCGCCACAACGAAUGUGUAUUUCUUCAGACCUUUCUUGUAUGGAGAAUCGGAAUUUGUGAAUUUCCGACGGAUUUCUUUUCUACCGAUGGAGAUGAUAAUGUUAGAUCAUCAGUUAAUUCGGGCUAUCAGCAGCUUCAGAACUUGGAUCACGAGUAAGGUUUCCUCAAGGAAAACGUUGUAAGUUAGUGUUUUAAUUAUUUAAGAAUUUGUUACGAAACAGAAAAGAUAACUAGAAUUUAAUUUGAAUUAAAGUUUGAUUAAGAUUAAUCAAUGUUUUUAAGUGAUAGAACUUUUGUAUAUAUUCGUUUUUGUAGGAACUCUGAAAAGACAAAUUCCUAAUACAAUAAUCCGUCCGUUAGUUUAGACUUUCACAAACCGUCCAUUUUGAGGGAACACAAUUUUGUUCUUGUGACUAUCUACCCAAAUGUUGUGACAGGAUGUGUGACAUGAAAAAAAGUUUUAAGUAGAUUAAUUGUGUAGUCUCAAAAAAAAACUUUAACCAAAUACCAAUGUAUUUCACCAGGUACAUUAAGACUAGGUGCCACUUUAGUUUUAUACUUUUUUAAGUCGCAGUUCUUCCAUUCUCCAAUGUGGUAGUUUUACCAAAUAUGGCAGAACAGUUAAAAGCAAGGAGGUAUGCUUAUAUUUUAAUUGCCUGCAUCAGGUUUGCCUGCUGAAGAACCGUGCCUUACGUCUAUCACUUUUAUGACAAAGUUUUGGACUUCUGAUGCCACUGGUUUUCUAAUUUCCAUGAUGUUUAUAUUCUCGUAAUAACAGCUUGUAUUAAGGUUUGGCAUUCUGAAAAUUGUAGUUGUACAAUUGUUAAAAGCAAUGAUUAUUUGUCUAUGGACUUCUUGUCUCCAUACUGCUUUGUCCAUUUUUAAUUUGUUAAUCCAUACCAGGGUCACUGAAGCCAUUAGCCACAUACUUGUAGAGGAUAUGUGUUGUAUAUUUUUGUACUAUCAAACCUAUAAAGAAAUAGCAUGCAUGCAGACUGUAAGGAUAAAAUGUUUUGCAAAAUGGAUGUGCAAUAUGGAGUUGUACAUAUGAAAAAUUCAGGCAUUCCUCCUUAUUGUAAAUAUUUCACGUUAUGCAGCUACUGUUCUCAGAAAAAAAAUGGGUUAUAUAUCACACAGGAAAGGCAGUUACUGAGGUUUGUUCAUUAUGUUUUGCUAUGUGAUAUAUAAAUGUGUUAUAUUGAAUGGUACUGACUCGAUUGUGAUUUAUUAAUGUUUAAAACAAAGAACUGAAAGGUAUAAGAGGUCACAGCCAGAAAACGGAAAAGUGGCCUUUCUGUUGCAUUUGUUUUGAAUUAGAAUACAGGGAUCUGGGAUCUGUGUAUGUGCUUUACUAUUUUCGCACCAAGUAGCGUGAAUGGAAACGAUGGGAGAGUGAAUCAUAUAACAGGAUGAUUGAUUCUAAAAACAUUCUUAAUUUAAAUGACAUUACUUCAGAUCCUUUCUUUUUAUGUAAGAUUUUAAUCAGGUUUGCUGUUCUGAUUAGAAAUAACGACAGUUCACCAGCUUGGAAACAAAUGUUUUUGUUUUUCAUAUUGAAUAAACCUUCUAAGGGACUUUGUAUGUCUGGACAUCCAGUUCUUGGGAUUCCAAUAAAAAUAUAUAUAUUUGAA